AUGUCGCAAAAAUGUGUCCAUCAAUCUUGUGCAAAGGUUUAUACUGAUCCCGAGGAAGACUGUUUCUACCAUCCUGGACCACCGAUUUUCCAUGAGGGCCAAAAAGGUUGGAAAUGCUGCAAACCCCGCGUUCUAACCUUCGACGAAUUCCUCGCCAUUCCAGCCUGCGCAACCGGCAAACACAGCACCACAGAUCUCCCACCCCAAGUAGAGAAGAAACCAGCUCCAGACGCAUCUACACAAGCAACUCCAGCUCCCUCUCCACCACCCGAGUCUUCCCGCGCUCCAAUUGCUCCCGCGCCCCAAUCUACAGCUACCCCUCCUCCACCCCCACCCGAAUCCGAAGAUGAUGAUGCGUCCCUAGAGAUUCCGGUGGGCAAAACUUGCAGACGGAAAGCUUGCGGGAAGCAAUAUGAGGGGAAGGGGAGAGCGGGUGAGAAAUGUGUUUUUCAUCCUGGUGUGCCGAUUUUUCAUGAGGGUAGUAAGGGGUAUACGUGUUGCAAGAGGAGAGUGUUGGAGUUUGAUGAGUUUAUGAAGAUUGAGGGGUGUAAGACGAGGGAGGCACAUUUAUUUAUUGGGAGUGGGGGGAAAGGGAAGGCGGGGGCAGGAGGGGAGGAGAUUUUGGAGACGGUUAGACACGAUUUCUACCAAACAGCAACCUCAGUAAUCGCCUCUUUCUUUCUUAAAAAAAUCAACAAGGACAAAGCAGUCGUAUCCUUCUCCGCCCCCCAUGAACUCACCCUCGAUCUUCCCACCACAGACGCAGUUCCCAAACGUUAUAAAACAGUAGUUCCACUCUUCGGCGCAAUUGAUACAGAAGCCUCGUCGUUCAAAAUCAUGGGCACAAAAUUAGAGGUCACAUUGGUGAAGGCCGAUGGGGCCAGUUGGCCGGUAUUGAGAAGUGAUGAGCAGAGGACAGGCGAAAUCAUACAGGUUGGAAAGGCGGGAAGAGCGGUCUAG